CGAGACCACUUUGACAUUGGAGAUUUGUUCAAGCUGAGGUGUUUGCCUUCAAUUGCAUAUCCUUCACUUGCAUUAAAACUGGGGACCAUUGAUUUAUCUCUGGAUCCAGAUCAUGCGGAGAGCGUGACAGCACAAAGCUUACUUCCAGAUCACGGCUGGCUACCUCAUUGUCACUUGGGCCUAGCCAGAAACAAGUUCAUCAAUUGGGAUGGCGUCAAAGAAGGAGGAACCCCAGUCUCCCAAGCAGUGUGUGGGACCAGAUUAUCGGCCUGAGAAGCAGAAGCCUACUGCCACUGUUUCGACGGAGGUUCCUUUUGAGAAUGUACAUACGCUGCCUCAAACUCCGCAGCUUAUUGCUCUCUUGACUAUGAUCAGAGACAAGAAUACCGAUCGAGCAGAUUUCAUUUUCUAUUCCAACCGCAUUAUUCGCUUACUGGUGGAGGAGGGCCUGAACCAUUUGCCAGUUGUGGAGCACACGGUCACUACGCCGGUUGGUCGAACUUAUGCUGGUGUUAUGUUUCAGGGCAAGAUUUGCGGAGUUUCUAUCAUGAGAGCUGGUGAAGCUAUGGAGCAGGGGCUGAGAGAUUGCUGCCGUUCAGUAAGAAUUGGAAAGAUCCUCAUCCAGAGAGACGAGGAGACAUCAUUGCCGAAGUUGUUCUACGACAAGCUCCCAGAAGAUAUCGCAAACCGCUGGGUUCUAUUGCUGGACCCCAUGUUUGCCACAGGUGGCUCUGCAGCUAUGGCGGUGGAAGUAUUGAAGUCUCGCGGCGUCCCGGAGGACCGAAUUUUGUUCUUGAACCUCAUUGCAAGCCCAGAGGGAGUUGCAAAUUUCUGCAAGAAGUUUCCAAAACUUCGUGUUGUCACUGCAUUCAUUGAUCAAGGUCUUGAUGAGAAGAAAUACAUUGUUCCUGGCCUUGGUGAUUUUGGUGACAGGUUCUACACGAUGUAGAGAUUCUGGACUGUAUCGCUCCCACUCACAUGCAGGGCUCAGUAGCGGUCUGAUGGG